CAACCGUGUUGUUGAUGCGUUGCAACUAAACCAAGUAACAUAACACGAAUCACCAUGCACCGUGUUAGCUUUUAUCCGGAGCAGGAUGCACGCAAUUCCAGCAAUUAUCCGCACGCCAGUUGCAUUACACCGACUUGUCAGCUGCUUCCAUUUCCGCGGCUUUCCUCGCCGGUGAUGCGGUGAUUACGCGGCCACCCACUCAUCGGGCAUUCGCUGCAUGCGGUGGAGCUGCAGGCUGCUUUCUCCUCCUCCACGGUCUGCAGCUAGCAGCCAUAGCUAGUCCUUUAUCCAGGAGAGAGGCGACUAGUCCGGCUCAGCGAGCCUGGAGGGGGUGAGGUGGGAUGGACACUAAAGGUAGCUCUCUGCCUUCGAUGCCCGAACCAGCCAACCCCAUCAGCAUGAAGCAGCCGCCGGAGUCCCUCGGCGUACGGAAAGGUCGGGGGGACAUGAGCAGUGACCCGGCUCUGCUUAUGGACAAAGCCGCUGCCCAGCUGGCCGCCAAACUACAAGACGGCGUCCUCCAGAAGAUGGCCGGCCACAGUCAUAACAACCACAGCCACGAGAGGCUCAAAGACCUCACCUCCCGUGUGCUGAACGGCGACCAAGACCCGCUGCCCAAGCUUUGUGCUCCAGAGCCUCCCAUGCUCAAGGGUGCCGAGGCCCCGGCCACCAACGGCACCCAUCAGCACAAUUGCAGCCCUCACACGGAAUCUGAACUGAAGGUGACAGUGCCCCAGGCGGUAGAGCAGCCGCCGUUUGAACCGUGCUGUGCCAACGGGACCAGUUUGGCCACAGCCACCGAAGGUACAAUAUCUGGUCCCGAGAAGAGACAGGACGUGCAGAAGAGAGGAGGGAGACCUGUCAAACCAAAACCUCAGCUAAACCACAGUUCCUCUUUCGUCCCUCUGGAGCAAGUGGACCACACAAAUGCUGCAGAUGGAACCGGAGCAGACGACAAGCUCAAUCUCCUCCCUGAGGUGAAGGCGGAGGCGUCAGAGAAGUCUCCCUCGCUGAUCCGGUUUGCUGUUGGUGACUUGGUCUGGACGAAGGUGUCGGGGUACCCCUGGUGGCCUUGCAUGGUGACCACAGACCCAGAAUUCAGCCAUCACUUCAAACAGAAAGCGGCCAAUAGCAGGUCAGGCCUCCUUUACCAUGUGCAGUAUUUUGGAGAUGCCCCGGAGAGAGGCUACAUCUUUGAGAAGAACAUGGUGUUGUUCACUGGAGAGGAUCAAUACCAGCAGCUCAGCCUGGGCAACAAACAAGCAGCCUCCUGCAACAUUCACAAAAAGACGACUCCAUCCGUACCCCGCAAGCUCCAGGCCCAGUGGAACAUGGGCAUCAUUCAGGCCAAGGAGGCCCUCAGCAUGUCGCUGGAUGAGCGCAUGACGAACUUUACAUUUCAGUAUGACGAAGACGGGCCUCGCCUGAACCUCGGGAUCCUGGAGAAACUGAAGCCAAAAUUCUGCGAAGAGAUGAACCAGGAAACUGUGUCACGCCUGAGCCCAGAUCUUCCCUCCCUGCUGGGUCCCAUUUCUUCUGAACCAGUUGAACCAGUCAUACCUCAGAAGAAAAAGAGACGACCCAGACAGACUCCGUCUACAACCAAGACGGUGAGGAGACGGAAAAAACCUGCAGUGGAGAACUCUGCCGAUCCGGUGAAGAAGAGGAAACCAAAGCUGGCGUCUCCAACAGACGACGCUUCAGAACUCGUCUCACCCCCAGUUCCAGUUCCAGUUGACAAAGUGAAGAAAAGGCGAAAGAGAGCGACUCCUGCAGAGCAGACGACCGAUUCCUCAGUUAAGAGGGAGAGAAAGAAGGCGCCUAAAAGGAAGCUGUCGGACUCCGCAGCCGACAAGGAGCAGACGCCUAAGAGACGCAAAAUGAGCAAAGAUGCUGAGAAACAGGCCUCGACUUCGGAGGGAACGCAACAAAAGCGGAGACGAACGAAGAAAACUGACGUAGAAGUGAAGGAAACCAAGAGACGACAGAAAAAGUCAAAAGAUCCUCUGGCUGAUGAUCAAGACGCAGUGAAACCAAAGCGCAGGAGGAAAAGGAAACAGGAUGGAGAGAACCAGGCCACACCUGCCAAGACGAAGAAGAGAAGGGCCUCUCCGUGUCCUGAUCCUGAGGGCUCUGGGAGUGAAGGACGUCCUGAUUCUCCGAGCGACAGCUUGGACGGGACAAAAAAGGGCGAACGGAAGAAAGAAUUUGUUUGCCAGAUGUGUGAGCAGGCUGGUGAGGACCUGCUUCCCUGUGAAGGACAAUGUUGUGGCAUGUUUCACCUCCACUGUCUGGGUCUGUCGUUCAAACCCGACGACAAGCUGCUGUGUCAGGAGUGCAGCACCGGAAUUCACUCGUGUUUCACCUGUAAGCAGUCGGAGGGCAAGUUGCUUCGCUGCCACGUCCUGCACUGCGGCAAGUUUUACCACGAGGCGUGCGUCCGCCUCAACUCGCUCACCCUGUUCGACAACAAGGGCAUCCGCUGCCCACUCCACACCUGCCUGAGCUGCCAUUACGGCUGCCGCGCCAAGCACAAGUCCACCAAGGGUAGGUUAAUGCGUUGCCUGCGCUGCCCCGUGGCGUACCACAUUGGUGACCUGUGUGUGGCAGCCGGCAGUGAGAUGAUCACCAACACCGCCAUCAUCUGCACCAACCACUUCAACGCCAAGAAGGGCUACAGCCACCACAGUCACGUCAACGUCAGCUGGUGUUUCGUCUGCUCCAAAGGGGGACAGCUGCUGUGCUGCGAGUCCUGUCCGGCAGCUUUUCACCCCGACUGUCUGAACAUCGCAAUGCCUGAUGGGAGCUGGUUCUGCAACGACUGCAGAGCUGGGAAGAAACCCAAGUACAGAGACAUCAUCUGGGUCAAACUCGGAACAUACAGAUGGUGGCCUGCAGAGAUCUACAACCCGAGGACCAUCCCUACCAACAUCCAGCACCUUCGCCAUGAGAUCGGAGAGUUUCCCGUCUUCUUUUUCGGAUCCAAGGAUUACUUCUGGACUCACCAGGGCCGCGUGUUUCCCUACAUGGAGGGAGACCGAGGCAGCAAGCACCAGAGGACCGGAAUCGGCAAAGUCUUUAAGAACGCUCUGUUGGAGGCUGAAGCUCGAUUCAAGGAGAUCAAAAUAAAACGAGAGGCGAAGGAAGCGCAAGAGAACAGUCGGAAACCGCCGCCAUACAAAUUUAUCAAGGUCAACAAACCCUUCGGCAAAGUUCAGGUCUACACCGCAGACAUUUCUGAGAUCCCCAAGUGCAACUGCAAGCCGACGGACGAGAGGCCGUGCGGGUUCGAGUCCGAGUGUCUGAACCGCAUGCUGCAGUACGAGUGCCACCCUCAGGUGUGUCCCAGCGGCGAGCGUUGUUGUAACCAGGACUUCACCAAACGUCUUUACCCAGAGACCAAGAUCAUCAAGACACCCGGCAAGGGCUGGGGCCUGGUCGCCCUGCGGGACAUCAAGAAGGGCGAGUUUGUGAACGAAUACAUUGGCGAGCUGGUCGACGAGGAGGAGUGCAGGGCGAGGAUCAAGUACGCCCACGAAAACAACAUCACUGACUUCUACAUGCUCACCAUAGACAAGGAUCGGAUCAUCGACGCGGGGCCGAAGGGAAACUACUCUCGCUUCAUGAACCACAGCUGUCAGCCCAACUGCGAGACGCAGAAGUGGACGGUGAACGGAGACACGCGAGUCGGCCUGUUCGCCGUCCGCGACAUCCCAGCAGGGACCGAGUUGACCUUCAACUACAACCUGGACUGCCUCGGCAACGAGAAGACCGUCUGUCGCUGCGACGCCCCGAACUGCAGCGGCUUCCUCGGUGAUCGGCCUAAGAACUCGAACGGCCAAACAGCCGAUCCUAAAGCAAAGAGGUUGAAGAGAAAGUAUAAGAAGAGGAAGAGCGAGGGAAAGAAAAAGUCUGAGGACGAGUGUUUCCGCUGUGGAGACGGAGGUCAGCUGGUGCUCUGCGGCAAGAAGGCCUGCACCAAAGCUUAUCACCUGUCCUGUCUGAACCUCACCAAGAGGCCCUUCGGACGAUGGGACUGCCCCUGGCACCAUUGCGACGUUUGCGGGAAAAACUCGGACGCUUUCUGUCAGCUCUGCCCAAACUCCUUCUGCAAGGCUCACCAUGAGGGGGCGCUGCGCCCGUGGCCCCCCACAGGGCAGCUGUGCUGUCUGGAGCACGAGGAGCUGGAGGGAACCGACAGCCAGGAUCCGGGCAUCAACUCGGAGGCAACGGCAUCGACCGCCACCGCCGCCGUCGUCGUCGUCGCCGGCCGUCCUCCCAAAGGCUCCAGGAAGGCAGACGGAGCCGAGGCCAAAACAAAGGGCUCUAAGAGGAAAGCAGCAGAGGCCUGAGUGACCUUUGACCCCUCCGAGAGCCAAAAGACCAAACCAGACUCUGACACUUGCUCCCCUCGUUAUAAACAAAUAUAAACCCCACGUUAUACCGUCUUCAAGAUCACAAGAACCAAGGCACUGUUCAUCUUCGUCGUCAGGGAAAGCCGCUUAUAUCUCACGUGCUCGGCAACGAGCUCCAGCUCCGCCGCUCAAACGUUUCUUCAUUUCAUCUUUAACCAUUUUCAGGUUUUGUUUUGAACUUGUCUGCACUGAGGCACAAAGCAGCCGAGCGAGCGCAGGUCAGGAAGCUGCGGAUUCUAACUCUUCCACCAACCAAACUGCCUUUUUGUUAUUUUGUUUUAGUUUUGACUUGAGUUUUCAAACCAACACAAGGAGCCCGUUGGUUUCUGCUGAAAAGAACCCGGAGCGGCGAGCGGCGUCGCUCACUUGAAUCUCAGCCGCCACCGCCCCUCACUCCACGUGGACCGUCUUCAACGAGUUUUAGAGCUAUAUCUAUAUACGUGUUUAUCAAAGACCAAAACUAUAAUUACUGGAAUAUUGUGAGACAUCAGACAGGUUUGCCAAAUGGAGCGCUUUUAUUUUUAUAUAUAGUAUAUAUAUUCCAGAUGUAAUAUCAAACACCAAGACACUAUGGAUCGGCCUCAGAUGACCUCUUUACUUUAAUACCGUAGCCAUAGGUUACAUUUAACCGUAGACAUUUUUUUACAACCUGUUAUUUUGUUUUAGCUCAGUUUCACCUUUUUAGAUUUGAUUAUUUUUUUUGUAUCAGGAUGCUGAACGAUGGCGCCUGAAACCUUUUAUCUACCUGCAUGUCCGGAGAACGAGGGAUCAGAGGAAGUGUUAGAAACCCAGAAACUGAUGUAAAAAAAAAAAAACACUACUGGGAGGUUUUAAAGGUUUUUGACGUUUUCUGCUCAACGACUAAAACAGAGAAAAUGAAGGAACGACAGCGAAGCUCUUGAACCUUUUUUCCUACGUUGAGCGUUUGGUGCUAACAUCGAGGUGCUUUCCACUGAUUUAUCUGACCAACCAAGGUACUUAGACAACAUGGUAAUCACUGAGUCGUUCAUCUGGAGCCGAGGUUUUGAGAAGCUGUUUUCAGACAUGACCUCUGGAGAACGUCCGGAACAACUGGGUCCAGACUUUCUCCUGAUUUUUCACAACAGGGAAAAAUGAUCAGAUGAGGGGGUGGAGCCUGACAGUGGAAAUCACAUGGUUUUGUUUACAGCACAUCAAAAAUCUCUGGAAUCUCGUUUUUCCAUGUUGACCACUUCGUCUUCUCCGUGUGAGGCUCCUCCUCCUCCUCCUCCUCCUCCUGGGACCAGUGUCUCUCUGUUUUCUCACCUGGACUCAGUCAAUGUCUGAAAACAGCCUCAAGACCUCGGCCUUUCGUUAUUUUAAUCCUCAGGAGGUUUUUAGUCUCUAAACUGCAUCUUGUUGUUUGAUACUCGAACACAAGCUAACGACACACUGGCUAAUUCCUUCACUCAGAAAUAACUCAUCUCCUUCACUUUCCACUUCCGUGUUUACAGAAGCUCGGCGUCACAUCUGUAGAUCCUCUGUGACCAGUGGCUCAGGCUAAUUCCUGGUUUCAGUAUUGAACCCAUGUAUCUUCUAAUCGUUUAUUUGGAAAUUAAGAAACUGAAAGACGUUAAGAAGUUUUCAGACAUAAACACCAGAGGAUUUUCACAGCUUCUCUGGAGUUUCACGCACGUAGCGACGCACGUUUAAUAAUGUGGAGACGCCGCGUCGUUACCCAGAAUUCCUCACUGUGCUUAUCCUGUGUCAAAAACCAAAUCAUGAACAGUUUCACUUGUUUGUCUCUUCGUCGGUUAUAAGAUAUUUUCUAACAUUGAGGCUACAGACGUUUCUUGUAUCUUUAAUUUCAUAUUUGACUUUGGUUUUUAAAAAAAAACACAAAAAAAAACGUUGGAAUCUUGAAUCAUUUAGUUUUUAACUCGCUGUCGCUUUGCUCCUCUCCGUGAUCUCCACAUCUCCCGAAAGCAGGAUUUGACUUGAACUCACACGACAGCAGGUUUCGUUUUGUUUUAACUGCACCUUUUGGGUUUUAUCUUGAGUAUUUUUGUUUUUUCUCCCGGGUCACGUGAGCGGGACGCGUCCUGAGGCGCGUUCUGCGACUUCCUCCGUUCCGACCGUCGUCCUAACCCUAAUGUGUGUUGAGUGGAUGUAGUCCAGCCAGUUGUUUUUGUAAGCACUGUAAUUCCCUGUAGAGCUGAAGUGUAACGUGUGCGUAGGGGUUUCAUUCUGUAACUACUGUCAUAGUAAACCAGAGACUAAUAUGUACAUAAUGUAUAAGUGGUUAUAGUGAUGCAUCUAUUGUAAAUAUCAUACAAGUUCUCUGACGUAUGUUUUUUUUUUUUUUGUUUGUUUUUUUCUUGAUGCUGAAAAACACUUUUGUGCAGGAUCUCACUCGUCUGUUGAUUCGUGCAAUAAAAAGUGAUGGAACGUGCAUCUA